AUGUCCUCGAUCAUCUGCACUAAGCCUAUGCCCACAACGGAUCUGGAACUGCAGCCCACCACAGACCCAGACCCGGAGCUGAUGCCCGCCACGGACCAAGAGCCUGAGCCGAUGCCCACUACAGAGUCAAUUCCUGCAGCCAUUGACAAGGACCAGGGGGCUAAACUGACAAGCAUCCUCACACAGAAUCUAUCCAACUGGGGACUGACAAACAUGAACAAUCAAACGAUCCAAUACUGCUUUCCAAACAACAAUUUGUCUUGUACCAGAAGUAUCCGACCUGAAGCAGAGUACAUUGUUGUGUACAUUUUCAUCGCUGUAACAUCAGUGUUCACCGUGUUUCUGAACCUGUUGGUGAUCAUCUCCAUCUUGCAUUUCAAGCAGCUCCACACUCCCACCAAUGUGCUGAUCUUCUCUCUGGCAGUGGCUGAUCUGAUCGCAGGACUGAUUAUCAUGCCAGUGCAGGGAAUGAAACUGAUUGAGCCAUGCUGGUACUUUGGAGAAAUAUUUUGCUCAAUAUUUACUCUUAUUCUUUAUGUGGUUGUCACAGCAUCUCUUGGUAAUAUGAUUAUUAUAUCUGUGGAUCGAUUCAUUACUGUGAUUGACCCUUUGCGAUAUCCAAUAAGAGUCAAUAAUAACAGAGCUGUUGUUGCUAUUGUUGUAAACUGGUUAUUCUCCUUUAUAUAUAUUUUUUAUCUGUUGUAUGAGUUUUUACUGUAUCCGGAGAGGAACCACACAUGUAUUGGAGAAUGCAUCGUUGUUAUUACUUUGGAAAAUCGUGUAGUAGAUGCUUUUGUUUGUUUAGCGGCACCUUGUUGCAUAAUUAUUCCUUUAUAUGUGAAAAUCUGCUUUGUAGCAAAACGGCAAGCUAAGCAUUUAAAUUCAGUCACAGACAAAAAGGCCAAAUCAGAAAAAAAGGCUACAAGAACCUUAGGGAUUGUAGUACUGGUUUAUCUUCUUUGCUGGACACCGUACUACAUAGUUACUCUUUCUUUUGGGCAUGACGAAAAUUACUCUCUUAUAAUUGAUGUAAUGAAUUGGAUUAUAUGCAUGAAUUCCUGCAUGAAUCCACUUAUAUAUGCAAUGUUUUAUCAAUGGUUUAGAGUGUCAGCAAAAUACAUUUUGACACUGAAAAUAUGUGAACCUUCAUCAGAAUAUUUCAAUCUGUUCCCAGAAGAGAAAUGAUCACUUAC